CGUGUUUUUUUGUUGUGGGGUGCACAAUGCGUUUCUCUCACGUUGGCUUGACUUUGCUGCUGGUUUUGGCUGUCGUGUGCCUGUGCGAGCAGCAGACACAGACACAGACGCAGACGCAGCAGUCCUCCGGCGGGCCGGAGGAAACGUCGGAGUCGUGCGCCACCUGCGACAUGCGGCAGCAAAUCAAAAGCAUGCGUCUGAACGCCAUCAAGUACCAAAUCCUGAGCAAGUUGCGCAUGAAGGAGGCGCCCAACAUCAGCCGCGACGUGGUCAGGCAGCUCCUGCCCAGGGCGCCGCCGCUGCAGCAGCUGCUGGACCAGUACGACGUCCUGGGGGACGACAACCGGGACGUGGUCGCGGACGACGACGAUGAGCACGCCGUCACCGAGACCAUCAUGUUGAUGGCCACCGAACCCGACCCGGCGGUGCAAACCGACGGCUGGCCCAAAUGCUGCCUCUUCUCGCUGACACCCAAGUUCCAGGCGAGCCGCGUGUUGCGGGCGCAGCUCUGGGUGCACAUGCGGGCGGCCGAGGAGGACAGCGCCGUCUUCCUGCAGAUCUCCCGCUUGACGCCGGCGGCGGCGUCGGACGGCGGGCGGCACGCGCGCGUGCGCUCGCUCAAACUGGACGUGAAGGCCGGCGCGGCUUCGUGGCAGAGCAUCGACGUCAAGCAAGUGCUGAGCGUUUGGCUGCGCCAGCCCGACACCAACUGGGGCAUCCACAUCAACGCCUACGACAACGUCGGCAACGACCUGGCCGUCACCUCCGCCGAGCCGGGCGAGGAAGGACUGCAACCCUUCAUGGAGGUGAAGCUGAGCGAGGCUCCGCGGCGCCUCCGCAGGGACUCGGGCCUGGACUGCGACGAGAACUCGCCUGAGUCUCGUUGCUGCCGCUACCCGCUCACCGUAGACUUUGAGGACUUCGGCUGGGACUGGAUUAUCGCGCCCAAGCGCUACAAGGCCAACUACUGCGCGGGCAAGUGCGAGUACAUGCACCUGCAGAAGUACCCGCACACCCACCUGGUGAACAAGGCCAACCCCCGCGGCAACGCCGGCCCCUGCUGCACGCCCACCAAGAUGUCGCCCAUCAACAUGCUCUACUUCAACCGCAAAGAGCAGAUCAUCUACGGCAAGAUCCCGUCCAUGGUGGUGGACCGCUGCGGCUGCUCCUGAAGCCCCUCCCCCCCGCCCCGUUACGAGAGAGUAGGGAGCCGAUGAGAGGGGCCACCGCCCCGCAGACCUUUCCACCCCAAAACACCAAUUGCGCUCUUUUUCCUGGUGCGGUUCGAGGCCCCGAUAGGCCCAAAGCGCUCAGGCGGCUGGCUUACUGCCGCUUCCUUCCGAAGGAGACGCUAACCCAACGAGGCACAUCAUGUUACAAAAACGUCAUAAACGGUCGUCGAGCUUUAAACAAAACACUUUCAAGCUACUCUUGCAACAUUAGCAUAAAAAAUGUCUGACGCAUGAUUUGAUUGAAAAGAAAAUGACCAAGGCGUAAGAAACUCUCACACACACACACAACCCAGGCUAAACUUAACUUCUCCCCAACAUACAAAACAGAUGUAUCACUUUGACCUCCAUAUUUAGGCACUACGUUCCGUCAGUCUGGCCUAAUGGUCCAUUUUGCCGGCGAAUGACGAGAACGUUGAAAAAUGACAGACUGAGCACGGACGGAAGAGGAUUUUCCUGGGUCAGCGUAAUUGUCACUAACCGAGUCAGGUGCCCACCUCUGCUUACUAACUUGCUCCUCCCAGACAAAGCUCGUCUGAGAUUGUGAUCACUGAUCCAAACAGACUAAAUUCUUCAAUCCUGUGUCCAUAAUCACACAGUUGAAAAGACUUUUCUUUUUUCUUUUUAUAUACACCAACCCGCUCUUGACUUUCUAAUUUCCCCAACGUGUGGACUCGGGUUCAAAGCGUUGGUGGGGACGGACUCAAAUGUUGUCGGCUUCCCGGCUCCGUUUUUCAUCAUCAUCAUCGACGACAUCACGACCGGAUCACACUCAAUCGCAGGAUUGAAAAGAACUCAAAGCGAAGGCACAAAGAAUGCAGACAAAAGUGGAUUUUGUCCGAAUGUUGACAUCCGAGUACUCGUCUGCGCAAUGCGGUUUGCACUACGGCACACCAAAAGGAAACAGUUGGUGGCUACGAAAAUUGUAAAAACUGAUUUUUAUAUGUUGACAUCAUAUAUCUGCUUUUUUUUUCUUUUCAUAACCGCUUUCCGUACACACCAAUCAAACUGCAAUUCUAACAAAGUAACAGAUGUAAUGCAGCAACUCCCUAUAUCGUACUUAUUUUACCAAAUAAAAUGUUUAGCUUGGC